AUGCAAAAUGGCAUUGUAAUUGAUGUUAAUAGUAGAAAAAGGGGAAGAGUUGGUAGGAAAGCAAGAGUCUUUGACAUGACUCUGCUUAAUGCUGUUCCAAUUGAAAAGAGGACCACAAUUAGAGCAAUGGCAAGUGCAUUAGGCAUUGAUCAUUUACAAGUUUAUAAGAUGAUGAAAUUCGGUAAUAUUAGAGCACAUACAAAUUCAAUUAAACCAAAACUUUCUCAUGACCACAAAAUAAGAAGAAUCAAAUUUAUUCUAUCCCAAAUAAUACCACCUACUAUAGAUAACAUACCAAAAUUCAGUUUUAUGUAUAAUGUCAUACACAAAGAUGAAAAAUGGUUGUACAUGAGUAGGAAAACACAGAGGUGCUAUUUAUUCCCUUGGGAAGAGGAGGAACCAUAUAGGUGUGUGCAAAACAAAAAUUUCAUAGGCAAAGUAAUGUUUAUAACAGCUGUUGUAAGACCUCAAAUUAGUUCUACUGGUGAAGUGUUGUGGGAUGGAAAAAUAGGAAAUUUUCCGUUUACAGAGACUUAUUAUUCAAUGAGGAGGUCGGAAAACAGACUAGCAGGUACAACACAGUUAAGAGUAAUAACAAAAGUUAAACGCGAUGUUCUUCGAGACAAACUAAUCGAUGAAGUCCUACCAACAAUAAGAUCAAAAUGGCUAGCAAAUGGGGUGAAAGAUAUUUGGAUUCAACAAGAUAACGCUAAGCCACAUAUUUUAACAAAUGAUCAAGCAUUCAAUGAAGAAGCCUAG